CCGCCCGCGAUGGUGGCAGCCUGGCGGGGAGGAGGACGGUGCCUACGGACCGCGCUGCUCCCGCGCCUGGCCGCCUUGGGGCUGAGGCUUCUGCUGCUGCUGCUGGGCGCCGCCUCGCCUCCGCCGGGGGUUCACGGCCGGCGCCUGAUCUGCUGGCAGGCGAUGCUGCAGUGCCAAGAAGAGCCGGACUGCGGCUACGCUUACAGCCAGUAUGCCGAAGCGUGCGCGUCGGUGCUCGUGGCCGAGGGGGACGGCUUUGCCGCCUCUGCGGCGGCGUCCUCCUCCAAUAGGCGGCGGUGCCCGAGCCAUUGCAUUUCGGCGCUCAUCCAGCUCAACCACACCAGGCGGGGCCCGGCGCUGGAGGACUGCGACUGCGACCAGGACGAGAAGUGCCGCGCCACCAAGCGCGCUAUCGAGCCGUGCUUGCCUCGGACCAGCGGCGGUGUGGGGGGAGCGGGCGGCGGCAUGAUCGGCUGCACGGAGGCGCGGCGGCGCUGCGAGUGGGACACCCGGUGCAGCGUGGCUCUCAACCGCUACAUGAUGUACUGCGGCAAGCUCUUCAACGGCGUCCGGUGCACCCAGGAGUGCCGGGACGUCAUUAAAGACAUGCUGGUCGUGCCCAAGGCGCUGCUGCUCAACGACUGCGUCUGCGACGGGCUGGAGCGGCCCAUCUGCGAGUCGGUCAAGGAGAACAUGGCUCGCUUGUGCUUCGGGGCCGAGGCGCUGGGGCCUGGCAGCAGCGGCGCCUCGGACGGCGUCUUAGACGACUACUACGAAGACGACUACGAGGAGGAGCCCAGCCAGCCCACCAGAAAUUACUUCGACGACAUGGCCGCCGUCGCGGGUGGCGAGGCGCCUUACCCGAGGAAGCCCGCGGAGGGCGGGACGGCCCCUGUGGCCGCCUGGACGCUGCUCUCGGUUGCCUCCAUUUUGCUGCUGCUGCUUCUCUCCUAGCCUAGCCUUGGGAGGAGAGGCUCUUGAGGGGGGCCGUGGCCGAGCUGAGAGGGAAGAAAGGUGGGCUGGCCUCGUGGCGCUUGUCCCGCGUGGGGGUUUCUACUGGCCAGGUGAGGGAGGGUCUCAGAGCUUCCCCGGGUCUCUCCUCUCACAGGAUGGCAGAAUAUCUCCCAAGGAACAUGGUGUUUUAGGAAGAGGAAUCCCCCGAAACAGGCCAGUAUCCGUGAGCAUCUUGCCUGGGCUUCCUAGUUUUAUCAGUGGAGAGAAGCUGGAAGUUGGAAGACCUCCAAGUUGACCAGUCCCCUUGGCUUGGUUUGCUGCGUAUUCCUAGCUGUGUAGAGAAUUUUCCUCUCACAUGGGCAUUUUCUCUUUAAAAAUGAUGCCUGAAAGGGAUGCUCCUGUUGUAUUAAAUUCCCUUUUUGAUUUAAAGAAAGGGAAUCUAGUACAAUUAAAAAGCUGUGGAGUUUGUUACUGGACCCUUCCUUUGUUGACACUUUUCUUUUAGAAGGGUUUCCAGUUGAUGUUCAAAAUGAAUAUGCUUUGGAAUUCACCUGUAGGUUUUACAUAUAUUGCACAUUAGUUAUUUUAUGAGAUCGUAAGAAAUGUCUUGACUAUGCAUGUCAGGGGUGUAGAUUGUGCAGUGUUUAUUUUGCUGUGUGCACAGACAUCACCACUUGCAGCUGCCCAAUUACAUACAGCUGGACUUUUUCUCAAUCCUGUAUGCAUCCAACUAGGAAAUAUACAGUAUGCAUGACAUACCUGUACAUGUGCACUAUGCAAAUUAUUGCCAUUUGGCAAACGACUUUAAAGAAGCAGAUUGUCUCAUGGUUACAGUCAACUUGAAAACAAUAAAUGUACCAAUGACUGCUAUUUUUCCAAGCUGUCCUCAGUGAAGUUGUGAAGGUUUCCCUGCAAUGCUUCCAAAAGUGUUACUUUGCAUAACCAUUCAACAAGUGACUCCUACCAUCCAGUUAACAUCCACAGAAUUCAUAAUUAUGCUUGACUGAAGAUGCAGUUUUGAUUCUUUUUAAUUGGAUAGGUGUGCAGGCAUAGAGGGAAGAGGUUUCAGAGUUACUCUGAAGAUUCAUAUAUAGUAAGUUUAGGACUUUUUUUGCAGAAUGAAGUAUACUGGCAUGUAUUUGUUAUCCGUGGUGAUGAUUGCACAUACUUCAGUUUUACAUUCUUGAUGCAUAAUUAGCUUUAAUUAGCUUCCAGGUUUUAUGGGGAGUAGUAAAGACAUACAUAAAUUUCCUACAUCCCUGUGAUGAUACACAAGUUCAUUCUAGAUGUCUGGGAUGAUAUGUAAAUUCAUUGUUUUUCCUACAGUAAUGGUUCCUUUUCCUGUUCAGGGUUUGUAUUGAUUUUUGCAUCAGUUAGAAUUGCAAUACAUAAGUCCACCAGCAAAUCUCUCUUGCCUCAGCCUAGGAGGAAAAAAAAACGCUGAACUGUUGGCUGUUGAACAAUGCAACCUUUGUCUCUAAAGAGCUCUGCACUGCCAUCUUCAAAAAAACACUUUUUAAACUCAAUAUGUAAAAAUAUCCUGAGAAGUUAUAUUGCCUCUAAUCCUAUCAGGGGGCUGACCUCUGGUAAAUUUUAUAUAAAAUGUAUUUAAAACUGGUUUUGUUACCAGCUGUUGUUACUUGUACAUAGAAUUUUAUAAAUGGUAUACUUUGGGAAUAAUUUAUUUUUAAAAAAAUUAAAAGUUUUAAACGUACACCAUCUGCAAAAAAUAAUACAUCUGUUGUUCUUUUAUUGCAAAGAGGCAGAUAUAAUUUUGUAUGUUAAGGAAUGCAAACAACAGUAAUUCCCUAAAUGAAAUAAUGUACAGAGUUUUUUCAAAUAGAUCUGAAUUUAAAUUUUGUAUUAUUUGAGGGAUUUAUGAACUUUGUAGAAUUGUAUACAUGUUUCUCUGGACUUUCUUAAACUUUGUAUUUUUAUAGAAUGUGUGAAAAGGCCCUAUGUUUAAAUAUCUAUUGAGUGUGUAUUUUUAUGUGUAAAUUAGUAAAGAGAGAUUUUUAAAGAAGAA